GUUACAGUAUUCCUUCAGAUAUAUCCUUCGCAAUUGUCCAGGCGAAGGUGUGCCAUGUAUAUCUCCCAACCCAACUCACACAGCUCCAUAUUGGCAUUGUGCCAAUGUUAGCCUACUCGAAUCCUACGCCCAACAGCCAAGUUUACUACCACACGCGGCCUUUGAAUUGCGCUCCCUAUUGCACAUCUUCUCGGAAGCAGCACAUGAUUGCCUUCUGUACUAGAUGCCUGCCUCACGAUAUGCACGGCUGAAUCCGCUAGCCAGUACUGGGUUUCUCGGGAAGAACUCUCCAACAGAAUCCAGCCAGUUCUCUAACACAGAAGGCUUUCCGCCAUCUGAGCCAUUCCCAUCGCAAAACAGAGAUGGAAGUUUCAGCUCUGUGUUCAGGAAACCUGCCAGAGGGAUUGUAACAGACAGCCUAGCCUAUACAGGAUCCGAGGGGAAUUUCUCUCCUCCGCAGCCAAAACGUGUACGAACCAGAAGCUCGUUAUACAGGGCAGCGUCUUCCGUCUGGUCGUACUCGAGGAAAACAGUAUCGCAAUUCAAUGUUCCCAAAGUAGCUGCUCCAUGGGACCACGAAUAUUCCGAGAAGCCAGGGGUAGCACCGCCACCAUCAGACACUGUACGGUAUUUCGAGCCUCAUCGGCAGCGCAGGAGACUGUUUGUCAAUAGCAGUUUCCAAUGGCUCAUGACCGCCGUCAUCUGUGCGGGCCUCGCUGCUGUACUCUACGGGUUCACGACAAUUGACAUCGGCGUUACUUCGACGAUGAAGCAUGUUUUCAACGCCUUGGUUACUGGCCUGUCAAUCUGCCUCGGUCUCAACCUUGCUUCGUCUCUCAAGGGUUACGCUCAAAUGAUGCGGUGGAGGUUCCUAGCCUCCAGCUAUCGGUCUCUCCAGGACUUCGAACUUGUCAUGAACUGCGACAGCCAGACCAAGACAUUCCGCCUACUCUGGGCAGGUCGAACGCCGAAACAGUGGUACCCCAACAAAACCCAGCUGAUGGCUCUCCUCUCCAUCACUGUCAAUCUUGCUUUGCAGGUCUUUACUGCCCUUCUCGGUCUUACUUACUCUAUAGACCUUUCAACUGAGUUUGUGAGAUUGACGUAUGGAAAUGUCAGCAUUGUUGACUUAUCUUACAUCGGCAAUGCCGCCACCCAGGAUCUGUACGGAAACGACCUUGGAAGCUCCACGGCUCAAUUUGCACAGUUUUCAGCCUCCAAUACCUGGGGCAUUACAGGUCAAGACUACCCAGUCUUGUUUGACACUUAUGCCAAAGACCGCUCAGGCUUUACGCAGUCGGUUUAUGAGAAUGAAAAUCACACCGCAUACUGGUACCGCUUCAUCGACCAGUCUCCUCUAGCUACCUCGUUGAGCUCAGUCAGUGAUCGUACAGUCAACUGUACAGCGGAAUGCCGAUAUCAUGAGGUGGUUGCCGGUGGCUAUGCUGGCUUCAACACAGACGACACCGACACGAUGUGGGACGUCACCUGGGUCGACGACGAUGGGCACAACAACACAUGGACCAUCAAUGAAGCCGCCACUGGCGCGACGACGUGGAUGGCCAACAUGACCUCCUGCGGCAGCCGGUGCACACAGGUCUACGCCCUUCAGAGUGCCGACAACAACACGGCCGACGUGCCCGUGCCUCGCUUCUUCAGCUGCAAGUCGUACGUCUCGCAGGUGUCCAACGUCGACGAGUACGAAGAGCCGGACGAGUACGAGCUCCCCAACCUCCAGGCCCAGUAUUUGGCUGGCGCGAUCGGCUGGUCAGGCGUUCAGACCGAGUACUCGGACGGCUCGCUCGCCAGCGACCUGCAGAUGCUCGUGUACCCUUCCGAUUCCAGCUGGAGCCCACCGGGCAACUACACCGAGGGGGACAUGGCGGCGUUGAUCAUGCGCUUCACCGCGGGCGCCGUCGCGGCCAUGGACGCCGGCGGGCCCAGGCUGAACGUCAAGGGCUACGGGCCGGCGCCGGCACAGUUUCUGAACGUGCAGUGGAAGUACGCCGGCGCCAUCCUAGGCGCCAUCCCCGUCGCGCAGUUUUUGAUCUUGUGUUUUGUCGUGGCGUUUGCGAACAAGGCCAUCAUCAAGGACACGAGCCACCUGUCCACGGCGAGGCUGCUGAGGCCCGUCGUGGAUCGACUGGGCGACAGCGGCUGCCUCUUGACCGGCGACGAGAUUGCCGAGAAACUGAACAACUACAGACUCAUUUACGGGGUGAGGGAUCCCGGUGGCGCCAUGCCCCCUCGCGGCGCCGACGACGAAGGUCAAAUCAGACACGUGGAUGUGAUUGACGAGAAUGAAGGGUUGGGGUAUAGAAGGGGUAGAAUGCCCCGGGGAAGAUACGAUGGUUUGUCAUCGUCGUUCCCAGAAAAGGACGACGACGACGACGAAGAGAGGGCGCCGUUGCUGCCACAACAACAUCAACAGAAAACUAAAAGCGAGAAGCAACUAAACAUGACAAGUGAUAGACUUCUGGGUAAAAGACUCAGGCGAAUGAGUCUAUAAAAGGAGCACCACACCUGACUGGGUGACUUGGAAAGGGGAGACCUGUGACAGGGGGUUUCCAAUUGUAUCACUCCCGCGCAGUCCACAUGUACAUCAUAUCAAUCGUUGUCGAGUUCUUGUUUAU